AUGGUAAGACAGACCCUUAAAAAUUUGUCGCAUCAUAGAACAAGUCAUAAGACAAGGACUCCAGGAGUAAAAAAGCACAACGUCACCGACACGUACGCUAAUUUACUCACAGAUCCUCAGGAAUGGGGUUGGCGACAGACGAAUUACGGGCUUGAGCCAAUUUGCACCACAGCCGCACCCGCUCCACCUGAACUUUUAAAACUAAUUUCGUGCAAAUGUAAAGGAAAGUGUGGGGCUGCUUGUGGGUGCAGGAAAGCAGGAAUUAGUUGCUCUGUUAUUUGCCUGCACUGCAGUGGACAGACAUGCGACAAUGUCGCCAAAGUCGAGAUAUUAUUCAACGACGAUUACGAAGAUGAAGAUUACGAAUUUUCGACCGUCACAGCAUCAUUUCCUGCGAUUGAAGAAUUUACACGACUCGAAGAGUGUACCGAGGAGGAACUUCAACAGCAGCCAGGACCAUCAAAACGGAGAAAAACGUGUGACAAUAAUGACUACGUGUAAUUAUUAUUUUUGCUGCAUAAAAAUUUUUUGAUUA